AUGUCUCAGAACAAGGGGAAAAAACACCCAGAAAAAGGGGGGGAAAAAAAGUUGUUUUUCACGGCACAUAAUCAGCUGCCAAAACUCCCUAACUCUCAAGAUGAAGAGCAAGAUGGCGGCAGUGAUGACACCCUGCCACUACCAGGCACCCCAACGACCAGAGGCUUGCCUGUUACACAAGACAUAAUUCAAGCCUACCUGGAAGAAAUGUCCAACAAAUUGCUCCGCAACUUCAAUAGGUCAAUAUCAGACCUCAAGAAGGAUGUGCAGGAUUUGGGAGACAUUACGCAUGGAACACCACAUGGGUAA